AUGUCAUUAACUCAAACCUCCACACCUGGGAGAAGUCCCCCCAUCUUAACACCACCCACAUCCACCGUAAUGCCAACUCCAGUCGCCCUACCGCUGCUCCCAGCAUUAAAGCAGAAAGCAGCAGCAGCAGCAGCAGCAGCAGCAGCAUCAGGAGGAGUAGGAGUAGGAGGAGGAGCGAAAACGAGAUAUGAACGUAUGGGGCGACAGCAUGAGAAUACUAAAAUAGCACCACGACACCAUGGCGGGACAACUUUGUUAUUUAAUGUUCAAGACCCAAAGGGUAAUUUAGAUUCUGCCUAUAAUACCAUUGGUAAUGGUAACACGGUAAGUUUAUGUGAUUCAGAGGAGAUGCGAUUGUUAAAUUCUAUGGGGGGUGGUUAUGAUCGUGGAUUUAAAGAAGCCCCACCAACCACUUCAUCCCAAACAAUGACACCAAUGGGAAGAGGUACAAUAACUACUAUGGCGAGCUCAUCACGUGCACAUUCCUUGGCGCAAUUAGUCUCAUCCGAGGGCGUAAGGAAAGGUGCUAUUAACGUAUCAAACGAACACUCCUCUCAAUGUACAGAUAUUUCAAAGAGAAAUGAUCAUCAACGUCAUCGUCGAAAUGGACCUUCACACGAGUUUGAUCCUUCCACAUACACCGCACUGUUACCCGCAACUGUGAGACUACAAAAGGUAGGAGAGAUUCAAAGUAAAGUUGUGACAGGAACAACAGCGAAGGAAUUUCUCGCUGAACGUGGUGUUAUGAAGUCUGAUCGUAAUAGUUUAAUAAAUGGUAACAAAAGAGUUCAAGGAGUUCCAAUGCUUGAACUUCGACAAUUUGAAACAAGAAUGAAGGUACUGAAAGAACGUGGACGUAAUGUUCGUCGUCGAUGGAAACGGCAAACCUCUAUUAGGGCAUCAGGAAAUAACCGAAAUGUUAGAAUAGUGGAUGAGGAUGAUGAGAGCAGUUCAGAGUCUGUAGAAGGCUCUGAGAGUUCCACAGAUUCAAGUUCAGCAGCGUCAAGGGAGGAAGAACAACUAAAGAAAAGAAAAGAAAAUGUAGCGGCAGCUGCUGCACGGCGAGAACGUAUUAAAUUACUUCAACUCUCUGGUGAUAAUGCGAGUGAUAGGGUACUUUUACGAAAAGAACUAAGGAAAAGUCGAAUGGAAGUGGAAAAGGCUCGAAAUGGUAUUAUGACUCCAAUGCUCCUUACACAACAACAAGAAGAAAACCUUUUACAAGAUAAUGAAGAUAGGGAAGAUAAUAAUGAAAGUAAGAGUAAAGAGACACAUUUACACAUGGAAGAUGUUUCCUGGGGAGUUGAGAAUAGUAUAUUACCCAACAGAACUCCAACCCUAUCAUUCCCUAACGAUACUGCCACUUAUCAAACUUCAGAGAAACGAAUGAGUCGAACCUCUACGAGCCAGAGUGAAAAUAGACGAGUGAGUGUUCUCUUUCAGGAUCUCCUUCGUCGGGCAAGAGGAACAAUGGUGUAUGGAUUAUGUCCAGCCGAUAUGCAACGGGAACGACGACGACGACGACGAAGAAGAGAAACAUCAGCUUUACUAUGUAUAUCCCCAUCACCCUCACCACCACCACCAAUAAAUAACUCUGAACACGCCACACCGUUUAGUUCACAACCACGUAGUGCACAUCAAAGAACAGAUAAAAAAUUACGACUCGGUGAUGAUGAGGGAUCGCAAAGACGUCAUCGACCGCUUCCAGUGGAGUACGGUGUGGGAGAACGAUCACGUCAGUUGUAUGAUACACAGGUACAGGAACAACGGAUUGAAGAUUUACAAAUGGAGUUAGAACAUGGGGAAGAUAUAUUACGUACACGAGAAUUGUUGUCAGUAUUAUUACCAGAACGGAUUAAACUCCUUGAUGAGUCUUUUGGACAAAGACAUGAGCAUGCAAAUGUUGUUUUGCAAAGACAUCGAGAUAAACUUUUUAAGAUGGCAGCUAAUGUACAAGCUGAAGAACGACAAGAAGCAUGUCUUGCUCUUGUUAAUCUCUUAGAGGAGUCUUACCGUGGUGAAAUUGCAGAAACGGCAUGGCCUUCUGUAAUGAAUGCAUUAAAUAAAACACGUGAACUUAUUCUUAUUUCUCCAAAUCGUUGUAAUAUACGCAGUUUUCAAUCUAUUAUUAAAGAAUAUUUUUUAAUGCCGCAUCUUUUAGAACCUGGUGUAGAUGAUAUGCUUCGACGUCUUUCACAACUCUUUGACUUGACGAAAUCACAAUAUCGAUAUGUCAUGACAAAUAUCUAUCAACGACUUAAUCAACCACGAAAUUAUCAAUCACGUUUUCGUGAGAUUGAACGUACAAUACUUGGAAAAGGUGAAACUUCAGAAAAACGCUACCGUGUUGUUCUCCAUCGUUGUCGAUUUCUACUUCCCUUUACAAAUAUGGGACCUGUUGUACCAACAACAACGACAACAAAUUCUUCUGGUCCAUCUCUUACGAGUGCUCCCUCAGAUUUCGCUGGAAGUGUGACGGUGUUGAAUGCCAGUGCUACGGCUGCUGGAGUUAAUGUUAAUAUUAAUAUUGGCUCUUCAGAUGCGCAGGGAACUGUUGUGAGUGGUGGAGAGAUGAUGCGGCGUGAUCGUGGGGGUGAACGAUUUAAAAUUACUGUACAAUUAAAAAGUGAUCAUCAAAGUUUUCUCUCUAGAGCAGUAUCGGCUCGUACAAAGGAUAGUGCUGGAAUGAUAUAUAUGAAUGACAAAAACUCUAGUGGAGAUCAUGUACCAUUUUAUACAGCGAAUUUACGACGACAAGCCUUUCGUUUACAAUUGUAUGAUAAUUCCUUAUUAGAAGUGGCGGUGCUGCGUAAUGGACUAGUGAUUGCCUCUGGGGAAUUAAAGAUGAUAGAUUGUACAUUGGAUGCCCGGGGAACGGCACUCUUGUGGCUGCGAUUAACAAGUGGAUCGUGUCUACAGGCAGAGAUUAAACUUGGGCUUGAGGUACUGUAUGAAAAGGAACGCGGUCGAAGAAUGACAAAGAAUGAUUUAUACAAGUAA